CCGAUUUGGGACCUGUCCUUAGCAGACAACGAAAAAGGUCUGAGACGAAUCCGCUUUCGCAUUCUGUUUGUAGGCGUCGUUUUUUUUUGGUGUUGUAGACCUGUUUUUCCUUUUAAAAAAGCUUCCUUGGAAUUGAAGACAAAAAUUGCAAAAUGGCGAGCGCUGAUCAUACUAGAGAUCCCUGUCCUUAUGUUGUUCUAAACGACUUUGGUGCUGCCUUUUCGAUGGGUACAAUUGGUGGUGCAAUUUGGCACUCUAUUAAAGGGUGGAGAAAUAGUCCAGCGGGAGAAAAGCGCAUUUCUGCUAUUACAGCUGCUAAAACUAGAGCACCAGUGUUGGGUGGUAACUUUGGUGUUUGGGGUGGUUUGUUCAGUACAUUUGACUGUGCCGUAAAAGGAGUUCGUAGGAAGGAAGAUCCUUACAAUGCCAUUAUCGCCGGCUUCUUCACUGGUGGUGCUUUAGCUAUUCGAGGUGGUUGGAGAGCCACCCGUAAUGGUGCUAUUGGAUGUGCUUGUAUUUUGGCUGUUUUUGAAGGUUUAGGUAUUGCUUUGAACCGUAUGCAAGCAGAGGCAAAUCGUCCCAUUGCUCCUGUCCUCCCAGAACCCGCUUCCUCGUCUUCUUCUGCUCCCGCUGGUGCUGCUAUUUAAUCAUGGGCAUUAUUUUUUUUAUCACUUCGUUUAUUACCAUGGCAGACGAAAAUUUAAAUAUUAUCCUAAUUCUGCAUUUUGAUUAUUUGGCUUUUCCAUUUGCCCUCUUUUCCUUUCUUUCUCUUUCGCUCACAGCGAAACCUUGACUGGCAAACUUUUUGCCGUUAAUUUUUUUUAACUACACAACUUUUACCUCUUCGCUGGCUGCGAUUCUUUGUCUUCGUGAAGAAAAUUUUGAUAGCUUUACCUUGUCACAUUGCUCUGUCUUUGAAUAACCUAUAAUUUGUGUCUUCAUGUUUUUUAAAAAAAGGAAAGCUAUUAUCAAGUUCUGCAUUGUUUUGUUCUGGCAAAUGAAGGCUCGUUUUGGUUUACCAUCAUCUUCUUUUACCUUGUAUACCUUUCCGCUGACAUGUAAUUUACCUUACCUUCACAUUAGACAUUUCUAUGUUUAAUAAAAUAAUAUUCUAAAAAUUCUUCUGGAGUCUCCAAGGCUAUUGAUAUUGGCUGUAUGAACCAUUUAGGAUAGUCAUCUUUCCCAUUCUUGCUUUCUUUCAAAUUGAAACCUUGUCAACAAACAAUAUGAUGGAUUCUUUUUGUUUUUUCUACCUUUAGCUAUUAAAUAGGACAAUUGAGUUUGUGUUGUAAGUAAAGAUCAGAAGACUCUCCCUUCGACCUGCUAUAUUUUUCGUUAUAUAGAUGCUGCACGUAUGUUUAUAAGCUGAACCUUACUAUCUAAUUUCAAGAACUACUUUUCAAUUUUGACAUUUCG